AGUUGCUGGCCCGAUGUGAAAUGAGUGGCUGGAAAAUUUUCUGUGGGUGAGCCUGAUUGAGCAAGGAUCAUGACAAGAAGUAACACAAAUAAUAUCUUCUUACUAUCAGUGUUACUGGCAUCACAGGCUGAGUGAAAAAAAAAAAGCUUCUGGGCAGCUCAUUGUCUCCACCCAUCAUUAUAUAAAUAUAUUGUCCAUCAGUAAGAGCCUACUGUAGCCAUGAUGACCAUCAUCUCUCUUCUCCUGCUGGCCUCUCUGCUGCCACACCUGACCUUCACUGCUCAUGUGGGUAUAGUGAAUGGCACAGAAGCAAAACCACACUCCAGACCUUUCAUGGUUUCUCUUCAGAAGAACUGGCGACAUACUUGUGGUGGAUUCCUAAUUUCUGAUAGAUUUGUUAUGACCGCUGCGCAUUGCUGGAAAAAUGAAACCCUAACAGCUGUGGUUGGCGCACAUGAGCUAAGAGAGAAUGAAGGCUAUGUCCGCAUUGGUGUGAAGUCUUACCACAUCCAUCCUGACUUCAACAUGAGCACUUUGGAGAACGACAUUAUGCUUUUGAGGCUAGAGAAAGAAGUCGAACAAAACAAGAAUGUCAUGAAGAUUUCCAUACAAACAGAGAAAGACAUUGAAGCUGAUUCUGUUUGCCGUGUUGCUGGCUGGGGAAGACUGAAUUUUAAAGGGAAAAAGAUUUUUCAUCUCAUGGAAGCAGAAGUGAAGAUCAUGAAUAACACUGAAUGCAAAAAUAAAUGGAAAGACAAUUUCUCAGUCUCAGAGAUGAUGUGUGUCUAUGGAGAUGGAGGAAGCUGCAGUGAGGAUGGAGGAGGUCCUUUGGUUUGUGGAAACACUGCAGUCGGUGUCACUUCCUUUGGUGACUCAAAAAUCUGCAAUAGUCGUGAAAGACCUGAAGUUUAUAUAAAGAUUUCACCAUAUAUUCCAUGGAUCUGCUCCGUUAUUGCAAAUGUUGAGUGAUUUUUGCAAUGAAACAGAAUUAAGUGUUUGUUUAAUUGUUCAAUAAACAAACUGUGUGUCAUG